UUGGGGUACUGCCAUGUUACCCAGGCUGGUCUCAAACUCCUGGGCUCAGGUGAUCCACCCACCUUGGCCUCUCAAAGGGCUGGGAUUAUAGGCAUGAGCCACUACAGCCAGCCAAAAAUUACUGUCUUACAUGUGCAUCAAAUAUGCUGAAAGGUAAUGCUAUAGUAGUUCCGAAAUUGUUGGAUUAGGGAGCUCUACUAAUGGAAAAACAAAUUUAGAUGAGUUUGCUAUGAGAUCUGGAAAUGCAGAAGGCGUAUUUGGACCAGUUAAAAACCCCUGGAGUUAUUCAAAACAAUAUAGAGAAAAGAGGAAGCAGAAUCUCCACUUUGAGAAUGAAGAUUCAGACUGGCUGAUAACUGGAGGAAGCUCAGGUGGGAGUGCAGUUGCCGUAUCGGCAUUCACACGCUAUGCGGCUUUAGGAUCAGAUACAGGAGGGCCGACCAGAAAUCCUGCUGCCUACUGUGGGCUCGUUGGUUUCAAACCAAACUGUGGCUUAGUUUCCCAUCAUGGUCUCAUUUCCCUAGAGAAUUUGAUGGAAGUGCAAGGAAUCUUAACCAGAUGUGUGGAUGAUGCAGCAAUUGUCUUGGGUGUACUGGCUGAACAUGACCCUACGGAGUCUACCACAGCACAGGAUCCUGUUAAACCAUUCAUGCUUCCCAGUUUGACAAAUGUGAGCAAACUAUGUAUAGGUAUUCCAAAGGAAUAUCUUGUACUGGAAUUAUCAAGUGAAGUACAGUCUCUUUGGUCCAAAGCUGCUGACCUCUUUGAGUCUGAGGGGGCCAAAGUAAUUGAAGUAUCCUUUUCUCACAUCACUUAUUCAAUUGUCUGCGACCAUCUAUUGUGCACAUCAGAAGCAGCAUCGAGUAUAGCAAGAUUUGAUGGGCUACAAUAUGGUCACAGAUGUGACGCUGAUGUAUCUACUGAAGCCAUGUAUGCUGCAACCAGACGAGAAGGGUUCAAUGAUUUUGUAAGAGGAAGAAUUCUCUCAGGAAAUGUUUUCUUGUUAAAAUAAAAAUAUGAAAAUUAUUUCAUCAAAGCACAGAAAGUGAGAUGCCUCAUUGCUAAUGAUUUUGUGAAUGCUUUUAACUCUGGAGUAUGCUAACUCCCACCACCUUGAGUAAGGCAGUACCAUACCUGGAAUUCAUCAAAGAAGACCACAGAACAGGAAGUGUCCAGGAUGAUAUUUUUACACAAGCUGUAAACAUGGCAGGACUGUCAGCAGUGAGUAACCCUGUUGCACUCUCAAACCAAGGGUUGCCGAUAGGGCUGCCGUUUACUGGACGUGCAUUUUGUGACUAGCAGCUUCUUACAGUAGCCAAAUGGCUUGAAAAACAAGUAAAGUUUCCUGUUAUUCAACUUCAAGAACUUAUGGAUGAUUGUUCAUCAAUCCUUGAAAAUGAAAAGUUAGUCUCUCUCUCUCUAACACAGUAGAGAUAAAUGUAUCAUGCAAAAUUUUUAAAAAUUGUUGCCUUUAUACUAUCAAGUUUAUUUCCCAUAAAUAUUGCAUAAAAUUCCGUUUAUUCAAGUCCUUUCUUGUUCUUCAAUGA